AUGAAUUUCUACCCGCCACCUCCCGUCAUUAAAGCAAACGUCUGGCUUCGCAUCCCAGACGACAAACGCUGUAUCGGCCAAGAAUCAGAAUGGCGCGGAGGUUUCGCGGGUUCGUUCAAGCACAUCUUCCUUGAAGGACCUGUUUUUGACAGUGCUGGGAAUUUGUAUAUUGUUGAUAUUCCUUAUGGGCGUAUUUUGAGGAUUGAUAAGGAUAAGAAUGUUGAGGGAAUCCUCUCAUACAAUCCAGAGACUGGGAAGAUAGGACCUCAUCUCACGAGAAAAAACCUCGAAAGAUUCAAGGGUCCAAAUGAUCUCAUCGUCGACUCUAAAGGAAACUUGUACUUUACAGAUCAAGGCCAAACCGGCAUGACAGACCCAACAGGGCGAGUCUACCGCUUAUCACCAGAUGGACGCCUCGACACACUUCUUGACAACGGUCCUUCACCAAACGGUCUCGUCCUCUCCCGCGACGAGCGCUUCCUCUACGUCGCCAUGACCCGCGCAAACCAAGUAUGGCGUCUCCCCUUGCACGCCGACGGCACAACCUCCAAAGCUGGUGUAUUCUUCCAGUCCUUCGGUAACGCUGGCCCUGAUGGGUUAUGUCUUGAUGAGGAAGGGAACUUGUUUAUUUGUCAUCCUAGUCUUGGAAGUGUGUUUGUGGUUGAUACGCAUGGUGUGCCCAAGGCGAGAAUUAGCAUCAACUUUCUUCCUUCCUCAGUGGCGAGACUUCUCUUCAAUAUGGCGAGACCAAAUAUGAUCAAGGCCACAAGGAGGGCCAUCAAAGACAGUCCCAAAGAAAUCUUCAACUGGUAUCUCCUAGCAUGUACAUGCAUCUGGAGUUUCUCAGGUGUCGCCAAGGGCUUCGAUGAAGGCAACAUCGCAUCCCUCGUCAUCAUGGAAAUCUUCAAAGAACGCUUCGGAAUCGAUAACCAAACCGACCACGAAUACGCCAACACAAAAGGCUGGAUCGUCGCCAUCGCUACAGCCGGUGCAGUCUUUGGCUGUCUGGGCUGUGUGUGGUUGACUCAGAGACUUGGUCGAACAAGGACGUUCCAGUUCUUUACUGUGGUCUACAUGGCUGGUAUUUUCGGCCAGACCUUCAGCAAUGGUAACCUGGGAGUACUAUACGCUACUCGUGUUAUUUCGGGUAUUGGUAUUGGUGCUACUACCGUCUUGCCCUCGGUUUACAUCGCAGAGAUCUCUCCCCAACCUAUUCGUGGUCUCUUGACCCUCCAAUACACCUGCUGUCAACAACUCGGCGUCGUCUUCGGCUUCUUCUUCAACUACGGCGUAACAAAAUACCACGCCGGCACAAACCUCCAAUGGCAACUCCCCACGGCCCUGCAACUCAUCCCCGCCCUAAUCUGGGGCGUCGGCACGUUCUUCACCCCCGAAACCCCCCGCUUCCUGCUCAGCCAGAACAAAAACACUGAAGCCCUCGCCGUACUCUCCCGCUUCAGAGGUCUUCCCGAGGAUCAUCCUUACGUUCAGUCUGAGUUUCAGGGCAUUGAGGCGCAGCUUAAUCAUGAGAUUGAGAUUGUGGCUGGUGCUAAUACUUGGGAUCUCAUCAAGGAGACCUUUGCGGAUAUUAGCAACAGGAGGAGGUUUACGCUUAUGUUUGCUUGUCAUGUUUUUGGCCAGUGGUCUGGUGCCAAUGCUAUUACGCAGUACAGUCCUACUAUCUUUGGAUAUCUCGGCAUUGAGGGUACUGAGGCUCGUUUCCUUGCGACUGGAUGCUACGCCAUUCUCAAGUUUGUCUCGGUUCUUAUCUUCUCUGUCUUCGUCAUCGACUUUAUCGGCCGUCGUCGAUCUCUUAUGACUGGUAUCACCAUGCAGAUCUUCACUUUGGCUUUCGUCGGUGCUUAUCUCAAGGUCACCAAUGGAUGGACAACUGAGGAAAUUGAGGCCAGCUCUUCUGCCAUGGGUGCUAGUCGCGCUGCCAUCGCAGCUAUUUACAUCCACGCUAUCGCUUGGUCCAUCGGCUGGUUCUCCAUUCCCUACCUCGUAUCCGCCGAGGUCUUCCCCAUUCGAAUCCGCUCCAUUAACGUGUCCAUCCUCAUGGCUGUCCAUUGGGCCAUGUACUUUGGCUGCUCUCGCGCCAUGCCUUCUCUUCUGGCUGCUACUGAGCGAUAUGGCGCUUUCAUGUUCUUCCUCAGCAUCUGCACUUGUUCGCUGGUCUACGUUUACUUUGCCAUGCCUGAGACUUCUGGACGAUCUCUGGAGAGCAUGGAUAAGUUGUUUGAGAGACCUUGGUACACCGUUCACAAGAUUGCUUAUCCCACUGCUGAUGACCUGAAGCCUGCUGCCCGGGAAAUUAUUGAGCCGGAGAUGAAGGAUCAGGAGUCUGUUGUUUCUAAACAUGUUGAGAAUCGCUACUAG